AUGGCUGUAAUUUCUAUCUUUAUAUAUCUGCAACUGAACGAUAAGUACUUUACAAAGCCUAAGCUAAUUAGACACAAGAAAAGACAAAAAUUUCAGAAAAGUAAACGAUUCCGAAGACGAAAGGCUAGGAUUGAUCAUCAAGCAUUGCCUUCGCCUUCUCCGUCAUACGAAGGGCAGCAGUAUCAUAUGGGUGAUCUUGGCAAAUGCGAGUACCAAAUUAUAGACUUAAGUCGACUAGAUUUAGCAAACUAUUCAAUUAAUUUAAUUCCCAAAGCAAUAAAAGGAGUGGAAUAUGUAAGUGGAGCUACUAUCAGUAUACUCUUAUUUACGUAUGUAAUUCAAGAAAUGAAGACUGAUAUAGGAUAUCUAUCUAAUCUUGUCUGUUUGGAUGUUCAGUUUAAUGCGAUAUCGGCUUUGCCAGAUUCUAUCACUUUACUCAGCGAUUUGGAAACUUUUCAGUGUCAUCAUAACAAGCUAAUAGUUUUACCUGUAGCAAUUGGAGCGUUGCAUUCUCUUACUUUGUUAGAUUUGAGCUACAAUCAUUUGGAAGAACUACCUCAAAGCAUAGGAGAACUUUAUAAUUUAAAGCAAUUAUACUUGGAUCAUAAUCAGUUACGUUGGCUACCCGUUGAAAUUGUCAGCGGAAAUCCUUUACUAAGGCGCCAUGACGAGCAACAAAUCAAGAAAUUAAAAGUUUCCUACAUAAUGAAUGUGUCUCCGCUGUUUGACAUUGCAGCUACUUACGUCAAGAAGAAUUUAAAACUAGAUGUAAAUGUUGUUCUAUCUCCAAAAUUGCAAGAUUAUAGACUUAUGGAAAUGGAAGUUUGCGAUGCAUUUUGCCAAAUGUUGUCACUUUUAAAUAAGACAGCUUUACUUGCUGUAGCCUAUAGGUUGUAA